GGGAGGGUUCCCCGGGGGCGGCCACCGUCAGCGGGCUCCCGGAGGGGAGCGGCGGGCGGCGCCGUCGGGGCCGCCGUCGGCGGGCGCGGCGAUGGGCAGCGUGCGGGGGCCCCGCGGGGCCGCGCUGCGGGCGCUGGUGUCGCUGGCCGCCGGGCUGCUGGCGUGCGGUGGGGCCAGCGAGUACGACUACGUGAGCUACCAGUCCGACCUGGGCCCCUACCCGGGCGGGCGCUUCUAUGCCAAACCCCACCAGUGCGUGGCCAUCCCCGCCGACCUGCGGCUCUGCCACAGCGUGGGCUACGACAAGAUGGUGCUGCCCAACCUGCUGGACCACGAGACCAUGGCUGAGGUGAAGCACCAGGCGAGCAGCUGGGUGCCGCUGCUCAACAAGAACUGCCACAUGGGCACCCAGGUCUUCCUCUGUUCCCUCUUUGCCCCUGUCUGCCUGGACCGGCCCGUCUACCCGUGCCGCUGGCUCUGCGAGGCCGUUCGUGACUCCUGCGAGCCCGUCAUGCAGUUCUUUGGCUUCUUCUGGCCCGAGAUGCUCAAGUGCGACCAGUUUCCUCAGGAUGACGUCUGCAUUGCCAUGACGGCUCCCAACGCCACCGAGGUCUCCAGGCCCAAAGGAACGACCGUGUGUCCCCCUUGCGACAACGAGAUGAAGUCGGAGGCCAUCGUGGAGCACCUGUGUGCCAGCGAGUUUGCUCUUAAGAUGACCAUAAAGGAAGUGAAGAAGGAGAACGGGGACAAGAUGAUCGUCCCGCGGAAGAGGAAGGCGCUGAAGCUGGGGCCCAUCCGGAAGAAGAACCUGAAGAAGCUGGUGCUGUUCCUGAAGAACGGGGCCGACUGUCCCUGCCAUCAGCUCGACAACCUCGGCCACUACUUCCUCAUCAUGGGCCGCCAGGUGAAGACCCAGUACCUGCUGACAGCCAUCUACAAGUGGGACAAGAAGAACAAAGAGUUCAAGAAGUUCAUGAAGAAGAUGAAGUCUCCCGACUGCCCGACGUUUCCAUCCGUCUUCAAGUGAUGCGGUGGGCGGCGGGAGAGCCGCCACCUGGACCUCGCGCAGCCCGGCACGGCGGCUCGAUCUCGCUCCUCUGCAGCGGGGAUGGUGGAGCCGAGCCCUCCUGCUCCUCCCACGUGCUCCUCGGAGCUUCCCUCACUGACCCCAGCCCUCCCACCUCCCCGCUGCUGGCAUUUUCCUGAUCGCCCGGGUGUGCGAGUGUGACGCGCGUGCACCAAAUGGUCGCUGGGGUCACACGCGAUUUAUGUCCGCAGUAUCCAAAGACCUGUUGCUGUACAGAUACGUGCAUUCAUUUAAAUAGCAGCUGUCAGGUAAAGAGGGCAAGCGGAGGGGUGUGAAGUUGUGUCAAGAGAUUACACGAUUGCAGAAAGGACCCUUGUCACCGCGUUCCUCCCGGCCGCAGGAUCGCCCUAAAUUAAUUCCUGUUUGAACCAGAGCCGGCCAAUUAGAAAAACAUCCCACCCUCACGAGUAGCGGAGACCCCGUUACAACCUCUCCUCCCAACAGCUGACUGCCCUCGCUGUAAAGAAUCCCAUCAUAGUCUAAACCUGCUUAGUUUAAGCCUUAGCCCUGGGGUUCUGGCGAUACCUUGAUCGGCCGGAUCAGGCAGCCCUCCCUUGCCAGCAUCUCACCGGGAUGCCUGCCCGGCCUCUGCCGCGCCGUGCCACGCCGUGCCAGCUGAGCCCCUCGAGCCUGGCACCGUGCUGCUCCUUCUCCAUCCAGCCUUGGGGUCCCUCGUGGCCCUGCCUGGUUCGGUGGUGCGGCAGUCCCACCGCGGUGGCGGGAGGCGGGGGGCUGCCUCCACCCCGGCCUCGUGCAGACCCCUGGCCGCAACAGCGUUCGGCUGAGCGUCCCCCAGCCUCCUGCCUCCCGCGGCGGAGUUCCCGCGCACGCCUGGCCGGUGCUGCUUGAGCCCAGACGCGUAAUUCAAUUUUAGCCACGUGCGAAUGCGUCCCGUUUUCUGGGCAGCCUGGGACUCCCCGUUGGGGGGAGAGCUCGCGGCCAGCUCCUCCGGCUUGUGUCACUCCCUAACUUUACCAGUGAUAUUUUUAUAGUUUCUUCAGGCUGCUGGCAAAAUACCAGAUUGCAGAAGGCUGAGAACUGGUCCCUGUGGAGUGCCGCGGGAAAUGCAUCGUCUCCGUCUUUCCCUCUUUGCAGUUGCUGUGGGACCUAUCAGUUUCUGGGGUUUUUUUGUCUGUUUGAUGUGUGACAACUUGGCUUUGUCUCAUUCUGGGGUUUUUUGGGUUUUUUUUCCCUUAAUCAAAAUGUCAUGUUAGUGUGAGGCCAAAUAGUUUAUGAAACACAAAGAAUAUUGCAUCCAAAUGAUUGCAUUUAUUGACCAAGCUGAAAUUUGUUAUUCUGUUAAUUGGACAGGUUCUCUCUUCCAUAGACCUGUAUUGCUCCACAUUAAUUAUACUAUCCUGCUUCCAUUCAGUGAUCUCAUCAAUCAUGCUUACUCCAAGAGAACAAAUAUCUUGCGAUCGGAGAUAAUUCUGAUGUAUUGCAGUUAAGUGAAAUAACGAAUCCUCAUUUUUGAAGUUUAAACCAACCCCACUCAAAGCUGGUAAAUUAAUUAUUCUUUAUCUCGGGAGUGCUGUUUAUUCCCCGUGCGGGGACAGAGCUGCGGACUUGAUCGUAGAAGAUUUCCGUGAAGAAGCCAAGCACGCUGAGGAAUGAUGUUUCACCGCUAACAGAGAUGGAUUUAGGACGUGAACUCUGUAGAAAGUCCCACUAGGUUGUCUUAGACCACCGUUUGUAGUAGCGUUGUUCCUUUGAUGCACAAUUAAUCCUUGUAGAUAAUGUGCUUUAUCAGCGAAUUAAAGAAAUAAAUAAACCAUAGGCUUUAACAUCAGAGGUUGCUGAGGUGAAACGAUGGGGAAGGCUGGCGAAUCCAGCCUUGUCAGAAACAGGUCGUGGCCCAGAGUCGGGGCGCGUUGAGCUGAACGGCCGGUUGUCUCGGAGCACCUGCAGCGACAGCACCCGGCGAAGCCCUGCGGGGACGGGGCAGGGACCCUCCACCCCCACCGGCUUUCCUUCCGCAGCCGGGCGGCAACACGGACGAGGAAUUGGUUUCGCGUGAGAGAGAUGCUUAAACGUUUAAUUGGGCUGGGGUUUUCAUGCCGUCACCCAGGCUGCUGGUGGGUGUCCCGGCCACCUCUAGAAACCCGCUGUGUAAUGGGCUGUCGAUUUACUAUUUUAAAAAUACAUAUUUCAGCAGGAAGCAUCAAAUCAAAGAGCAAACCGGUUCACAUGUGCUUAGAGACGCUUUCAGCCCUUGGCAGCCUUUGCUGCUCAGAAAGCCCGCUUUCCACCGGUGGAUCUUGAGCCUGAAAGCCUGGAUCCCGAGGCGGGUGAACGAUGGGGCUGUUCUCCUUUGCUCCGGUACCGCGCGUGAAACGAUGCGCGUGAGUUUGGUGAUGCCGCUGGUGCUUUUUGCUGCACAGGUAGUUCAGAAAAACUCGUAGCAAGAGAGUGCCCACGAGUGACGCGUUUUGCUCUUCGUGACCGCUCCGUGUGUCGCCCCACGGCCGUAGCCCAGCGGGGUGCGCGGGGACGCGAGGAGCGACGGCCCUGGACCGGGACGCGCGGCAGACGUCGUGCAAGGAUUGGUGCAAAUCCUUCAGGCUCAAGAAACCCCACGCCUCGGAGCUACCCAUGGGAGGAACAAAUUAUCACUGUAAUCACCUACUUAAAGCAUAAUAUAAUCGUAUGUUACUAAUUGCUCUAUCAGUUACUUCAAACGCCCCUCCGACCCUGUACGUUUGUCCUUGAAAAGCCGACCAAGCUGAGCGGAUUGGCGCGUUGUAGUUCAGACGUGAUGUUUUGGACGUUUCCAAGUAUCUGGGAAGGAAUUUUACCCUUCUCUUACCAAACUGCUCUGGGAUCUCUGUGAUCCCGCGUGGAUCCGGCUGACCGGUUGUCACUCCGCUUCCCUCGUGCUCUCUUGGUAUGUGGGGGCUUUUGAUAAAAAUAACAGCGCUAAAAGAAAUGUGUUUGAUGUAACAUCACCUUGUAAGCAGUUACGGUAUCUUUACAUUUUGUUUUAAUGUUAUUUUAGGUAGCUAAUGUAGAAAAAUGCGGCAGAUGACAGGGGACUGUGUUUUUGUUUGGAAGUUUUGAGAAAAAAUGUAAAAGACCAAUGAAAACCAGCACUGUAGAGAAUAAUCUCUGGGCAGCGAACAAAAGCGUGAGGCUUUUCGUUACUGUAGCUGGCGUGAUUUUUUUAUUUCUCUGAAUAUUCUUAUACCUGUUAAAGGCUGACGGAUGUAACGAUUAGCAGUAUGAAGGCUAACGCAGCUCUUAAACUAGAAAUCUGGUGUGGAAGCACAUGCUAAAUGUCUGGAAAUAGGAGCUUUUUCCCCGUGCUGUCGCUUCAGGGGUUGCACUGAGAAGGUUUGGCGGGCGAUGCUGUGAAAUCGCCACCUCACGGAAAGGUGAACGUGGAAUCGGUAGGAGAGAGGUACCGAAAAACCCACGCCGGCACCGGGGGGAGACCCUGCGUGCGCCGAUGGAGGAAAGGAGCGUCUGGUGUUUGCGGCGCGCGUCACCCGGCCCCGGUGAACGCUCCCUCUGCGGGGGCAUGGCCGUGCGCUGGCAAAGCAGCAGCAGAUCCGUUUCCAAGAGAAGAAGCUUGAAGAGAAAAUAGCCAGCAAGUUUCACACCCCCCCCCGGAAUACAUCUCCGUCUCCUUCAGGAACUGUUAAUUAGUUAAUAGCUAUGGAUACCUUGAGAGCGACGGAUAACGUGGGUAUCUGCCCAGCGAUGCACACUGGCGUGCCUCCGUGGAUGGUCACGAGUGAGCCCCAGGCCCUGCCGCCUGCGACCCUCGAGCCCCCGCCAUGGCCACGACGCGCUUUAGUCUGCACCCCCGAGGGCACCGGAGACCCCCAGCACCAGUGGGUUUAAUUCAGACAAACUUGACUCUGUCAGCUUCCACUUCUCUGAUGCGUGUAAAAGCUCAGACGCUGUGAAAAUGUUCAGUGCUCUUGUUCUUUAACCAACAAAUUUCGGCAGCGUUUUCAUGUUACAUUAUUUUAGCAGUUGUUGAUGUUACGACUUACAUUUAUUUUUAAGUCUAAUAUCGGUUCUUUUUUUUUUUUAAUGCUUUUUCUUCCAUGUAUCGGUAUUCACUUAACUAAAAUCGCUGAGUUAAUGAAUUACAAUAUGAUCCCCCCCCCCCAACCCCUCCUUUUUAUAAAGAGAUGCUGUUUUCUAACCUGCCUUGGUGCCUUCGCGGGUUGCUGCAGAGUGCGUGGUUUGAGGGUGUGCUGGGCUGAGCCAGACCCCAGGAGGCUGUCGGGGUCCCUCCGGCUGCACGUGCUGCCCGUUUGCAGCAGUGAUGCGAUGCUCUGGCCGUGACACCGGUGUUAGGUGAGAUCGAGACCGUUGGUCCUGUUCAGGGAAAUCCCCGUGCGAGUUUUUUGGCGUGUUCUGCUCGGUAUAAUAUGAUUUACACAAGGAAACCUCUGGCCGUUCAGCCGUUCUCGUUAUUGUCCUGUUCUCUUUGGCUUCAUGUCAGUGAAGAGUGUUGGGGCUUCACUCUGCCCGUGCUGCAGUUUCAGUUUAUUGAAGGAAGACUGCCGUAGCUUUUCAAUAAUAGGAUGUUGGGGCAGAAUCGGGCGGUUCUUGAGUUCACAAGAGUCCAUAGACCCAGUGGGGAUGGGCAGUGCCUGUGGGUACCCUCCCUAUCCGCAGACAAGAGGUGACGCUGCCUCAGCCUCCCACGGUCCUGAGCCCACAAGAGCACCCUGCCGUACGCCGGUACGUCCCUACAGCCGUAACUUUCUGGACAUGGGGAAGGGAGGAUGCUUUUCACGGGCCAAGCCUCAAACUCCCCAGUGAUCCGUCCUUGCUGCGGGAGCCGAGACCCAGAGACUUUGUCUUGCAGCGCAGCCUGCAGCUCAUCAGGCUUCUGAGGAGGUUUUGGGGGAUGCGAGAGGCGCGCGGGGUGGGUUGCGCAGGGCUGGGAUCAAGGGGAGCCCCGCAGUUAAGAACUGUGUUAUUGCACGGAGAGUCGGCACGUGCCGCCUUUCAGCACGUCGCCGCGCAGAGCGCGGGAUCGUGGCGCGGUGGGGUUGCGGCGAGCUGGGUAGUUGCAGUGGAGCAGCCAAGAAGGGAGGAAGGCGCUGGGGUGAGCGGUGGGGAGGGACCGGGGCUGCUGAGCAGCACAGCGGGACGCGGGCUGCCGUCGGCGGGAGGCAGGUUCCCACGUCGCCCAGGGUCCGGGCCGUGCACAGCUUAGGGAAGGGGGAGCUGUGCAUCCUCGCCCAACGGCCGUCGUUCAGCCCGGGUGGUGAGUGAAGGACAGCUGCCUUCCUAAACGCUUUGGGGCUUGUCGGUUUGCUUUGCUUUUUGGGAAAGCACGUGGCUCCCGGGCUUCGGGGGGAGCAGGAGCAUCGUGCAGGAGGAGCUGAAGGGAGGCAGGCAGGGGCAGGAGGGCAGCGAGGGCACGGGGAACAGCCCUGCUUCCCCCAACACACCCAGUCUGUACGGACGCGCUGGCGGGUAUCGGGAAUGAAAGGGGCAGAGGGGCUGUUCCGUGCUUGGCAGAGCUCUGCGCUGAUUUAAGGGCUUCGCUUACCUCAUUUACCUCGGAGACGGGAGGAGAACAGCUCAAGCUACUUGCAAACUAUUUCUUGAAGGGCAAAUAGUCGAAAUAAAAUCGCGAUGGGGCCCUGGUGAGGAGUGCUGCUGUUGUGUAAGUGCCUCAGUGCAGGCACGAGCACGUGAGCAGGGCGAGACGACCGUGCUGUCUGUGGGAGCCUCUUGCGUGAGCACAACGCCUGUGACAGCAGAGCCGCUUGCUUUUCUCACAGCGUAUUUUGAUGAAAAAAUCUGUACUUGAUUGUUUUACUUUGUUUUAAACUUGUGGUUGAUAUAAACACAUUAUGGCUUCUGUUUUCUCUCUUCCAUGAUUGGAACAAGAAACCCCUCAAUAAAAUGCCUUUUUUCUUUGAAA